AUGGAGCUAGGAGCCCGUAACCGUGCACAGCCACGCACGCUGGUCACACUGAUCUUCGGAAUAAUUCUGGGCUUUAUGUUUACCUCUCUCAUCACUUCCAGUACCAGUAGAGUGUGGUCGCCUUCGGAAUUCAACUAUGCCCAUGGUUCUUUACCUCUCGUUUUGAGUGAUCCUCAUUCGGAAGACGAUUUGAAGGAUGCGGCCGGUCCAGAGAAAGAUGUUGGGUUUCAUGCGGCCGAGGAAGAAGCUCACGCUCACGAGAACUCCUCACUAGCUAACCAGUUGCAGAAAGAAGUACGGGUGCUGUGUUGGAUCAUGACCAACCCUAGCAAUCACAAGACGAAAGCACUGCAUGUUAAACGAACCUGGGGCGCACGUUGCAACAAACUCCUUUUCAUGAGCUCCGAAGCAGACCCAGUGUUGGAUUCAGUUGCUCUUCCUGUAGGCGAAGGCCGGGACAAUCUUUGGGGCAAAACCAAAGAGGCAUUUAAAUACAUUUACCAGCAUCAUCUGGACGAUGCCGACUGGUUUCUUAAGGCUGAUGAUGACACAUACGUGGUGGUGGAGAAUCUUCGGUACAUGCUGUACCAAUACUCAUCGAGCUUUCCAAUUUAUUUUGGUUGCAAAUUUAAACCACAUGUGAAGCAAGGGUACAUGUCCGGUGGAGCUGGCUACGUCCUUAGCAAAACUGCUGUCAAGAGAUUCGUGGAAGAAGCUAUCCCAGACCAAAAGUGUCGACAAGAUCCUAGAGGAGCCGAAGAUGCCGAAAUUGGCAAAUGCUUAGAACUGGUGAAGGUAUUGGCUGGUGACUCCCGAGAUUCACUUGGACGGGGACGGUUUUUUCCUUUUGUUCCAGAACAUCAUCUCAUACCUAGCCACAUGGAUAAAGAUCAUUGGUUUUGGAAGUAUAUUUACUAUAAAACAGAUGAGGGUCUUGAUUGCUGUUCGGACAAUGCCAUCUCGUUCCACUACGUUUCUCCCAACCAGAUGUACGUUCUAGAUUAUCUAAUUUAUCAUCUGCGGCCGUACGGAAUUGUCGCGCAUUCGCAACCAUUGCCUCAAAAGCUGACAUUAGAUGAAAUUGUCCAGUCGAUUGAUUCAAGUAAAACUACGGAUUCCCUCGAUAAUGACAAUAAGGGCGAAUCCCAGGUUAACCAGACAUCUAAUAAUUAAUGGAAACAUUUCCUAGAUGCAUGUAUAUAGAUGAAAGAAAUACACCCAAGUAACAAUUUAAGUUUUUUAAGAAACUUGAAGGGCGCUUAAAAACUUUGCUAUAAAACAACGUUUUGUUAUAUAAACCCCAUUAAAACAUCUUUAAAACACCUAUAAGAGUAAAAAGGCCCACCUACAGGAGGUUCUGAAGAACACAUUACAAGUACCUUAUACAACCAUAUGGACUCAAAAGGGCUUUGCCGAAAGCUGGUACAAGAUAAUCAAUUCUAGUGGCAGAUGAAGAAAUUAUUCAUGAAAAAAUCUAUUCUGAGAACGGUUUUAAAUCGCAUUUAAUAAAAUAUAAGAAUCCGACUCAAAAAAAAAGGAAAUUUCAACGACAAAAAAACGUCAUGGUUCAUUCCUGUCAAAAUCAAAAAGCAUAAAAUAAUAAUUAGAUAUAUAUGGCAAAAUGCAGAUGUUAUUAUCAAAAUUGAUGAAAAAUUGGUUGCGCUUCGAAAUUUUUCGAUUGAUUUUUCGAAAUAAGGGCAAAUAAAAAGCGCCCCUUUAUGAUUUUGCUAAAUUAAAGAGCUCAUACAUAAAUUUUGGUUAUUCGAUUUUUGCAAAUGUCAUGUUUUCCUCUCAUUUGUUAGUAUGUAAAAAAAUAUUUAGUAGAAUAACGAUAU